AGGGCAGAUAGAGGGCUGUUCGGCGGGAAAAAGAUCGGGUUUGGAAACAACGUCUCGUUCUCCGAGCGCAAGACUCGUCGAACUUGGAUGCCCAACGUUCAGCAGAAGAGGUUAUGGAGCGAUUGCUUUGACACUAUGAUCAAGCUGCGCAUCACCACAUCGGUUCUCAAGACCAUCGACAAGCAUGGAGGGCUAGACAACUACCUUGUCAACACAGCCGACGUGAAGCUCGACUCGGCGUUGGGCGUAAAGCUCAAGCAGAUGGUGUGA